CGCUUCGGAGGGACUGAAGAAAAGGAGAUGCAAGAGACGCCAAGUGAGAAUUUGGGGUUACUUUGAUGAAGACAGGAGCGCGUGCCGCACAAAAGGACUCUCGUCUUAAUUAGACUGGCACCGAGCAUCACCACGACGGCAUCACCACAUCUCCAUCAUUUGGCUUGGAUCUUGAAAGAGGAGAGAGCGAAUCUGUUGCAAGGUUGUCUGUGUGACUGCUGAAAAGCCAUGAUCCUGAAUGCCUCUGACUUAGGCUGGGAUGAGUCCUCGGGUGCAGACCCCUUCUCCCCUCUGGACCAACUGGACAGCUCAUCUACUUAUGAAGUCCCACCCCUCACGGUGUGGGGCGUGGCCCUGUGUGUGUCAGGAACUCUCAUUGCCACAGAAAACGCAGUCGUGGUCACCACCAUCUUGGCUACCCCGUCUCUACGUGCGCCCGUUUUCCUGCUGCUUGCCAGCCUCGGAUUGGCAGAUCUGCUGGCAGGUGUUGCUCUGAUCUUGCACUUCCUCUUCCUGUUCUGUGUUGAGCCCAGUGAUUGGUCAGAAUUGCUGACCUCAGGACUGCUGGUGACAUCGCUGACUGCCUCGCUCUGUAGCCUGAUGGGUGUCGCUUUGGACCGCUACCUGUCGCUAAGUCACGCCCUCACCUACGGCUCCAGCGAAUCUCGUCACCGAGCCGCUAUCCUCCUGCUGCUGGUCUGGUUGGGCGCAUGUUUCAUCGGGGCGGGACCUGCAAUGGGAUGGCACUGCCUAGGACAGCCAAACACCUGUUCUGUGGCGCGACCUCUGACCCGGACUUACCUAUCGUUGCUGUGUGGUGGCUUCCUGGUAGUUGUCAUGGUAACCCUGCAGUUGUACGCUGGGAUCUGUCGAGUGGCAAGGCGGCACGCCCACGCCAUCGCUACCCAAAGACACUUCCUGCCCACCAACCACUCAUAUGCAAGCAAACACAGCAGUGGGAGGGGCUUCUCGCGGCUGAUCGUGAUUCUCAGUGUGUUUGUGGGGUGCUGGAUGCCUUUCUCCCUGUGGGGGCUGCUAGGAGAUGCAUCCAGCCCUCCCCUGUACACCUACGCCACCUUGUUGCCGGCGGCAGGCAGCUCGCUGCUGAACCCGAUACUCUACAGUCUGAGAAACAAAGACAUUCGUAAGGUCCUGCUCCAGGCCUGUUGCCCGCAUAGAUGCUCUCAAAACCCACAAAUACACUACCCUGUUGACGUGUAGACUGCCAAACCUCGCCAGACUCAAACCACCACAUAGAUCUAUGCCAGACAUAUCACUGUUUGUGUGCCAAGAUAAACACACCGCUGCAUUGACUAUCAUCCAGAUCCAGAACAUGAAGUCUCCCACACAUGCAAGAAGCUCUUCUGCGGGAGAUGAAGUCCGUCUGCUAAUCAGAAUGUUCUGCACUGUCCUGGCAAGUAGCCAUUUUGGGACUAAAUGUACUGUCUUGUGUGUACUUUGUGCCUCAUUAUCAGUCAAUUGUAGCUCCACUGGAUCCCCGGACUGAAACAAUCACAGGGAUGCUCUAUACAGCCCCACUCAGAGAAAGUGGAUUCAAUCACCAUUGGCACUUUAUUGAGGAGAGGAAAGGACGGGCUUUAAAUGUAAGCUUAUCAGAGUGUAAUGAAUUGUGAUCCAAAGCCCAAUUGUAUUUACUUGAAUGGCAAAACCACAAUGUUCUAGAUUUUUGAGAUUCUAUUUUGCACAUGCUGUUGAAGGCCGUUUGAAGGUACUGACCAUAGGUUCAGUUUGCACAGCCUUUUUGAAAUGAAUGAAUAUUUUAUAUUGAUGAAUAAUAAAUAUGCUUUUUUUUCUCUA